UACGCAACUCUUCUGUGCGAAAGCAUCUGGUUUCCUCUAUGGAGAAAGCAGAACAUGGACAAGGCAAAGAUUGUCGUUGUUGGUGCUGGUCUGAUCGGCUUAUCCACCGCUGUGUGCAUUUCAGACUCCAUUACAAACUGCAGAGUGUCUGUCAUGGCUGAUAGAUUUUCUCCUAACACGACCAGUGACGUUGCUGCAGGAAUGCUUAUCCCACAUCUUUAUCCAGGCACACCUGUUCAUCAGCAGAAGCAGUGGUUUAGGGAGACCUUUGACCAUCUGUUAUCCAUCUGUGAUUCCUCAGAGGCCUCAGAAGCUGGGAUUCAUUUGGUAUCUGGCUGGCAAAUAUUUAAGGCCAUUCCUGAGGAGAAGACCCCAUUCUGGUCUGAUGUGGUUCUGGGCUUUCGCUCAAUGACUGAAAAGGAGCUGAAGAAAUUUCCACAGCACAAAUACGGUCAAGCUUUUACUACACUGAAAUGUGACUGCCCAUCAUAUUUAAUUUGGCUGGAGAAAAGGCUGAAAGAAAAUGGAGGCCAGGUGCACGCUAGGAAAAUAGAAGAUCUCCGGGAGCUAUACCGUGACUUUGACAUCGUAGUAAACUGCUCAGGCAUUGGUUCCCGAAAACUUGCAGGAGACCUAGAGAUACACCCCAUCAGAGGGCAAGUUCUCAAGGUUCACGCUCCUUGGAUCAAGCACUUCAUUCGCGAUGGUGAUGGUCUGACCUACAUCUAUCCAGGGAUACACAAUGUAACAUUAGGUGGGAUAAGAGAAAAAGACAACUGGAAUUUGUCCCCAGAUCCCAUUACCAGCAAAAAUAUAUUUGAUAGGUGUUCCACACUUGAGCCUUCACUUCGGACAGCGGAGAAUAUACAAGUGAAGGUAGGCCUGAGGCCAUCUCGGUCAGCUGUGAGACUGCAGAAGGAGGUACUGACCCACAAGAGUGAGAAGUUGCUGGUGGUUCACAAUUAUGGCCAUGGAGGAGGUGGCUUUUCAAUACACCAGGGUACUGCCAAGGAGGCAACUAGGCUGGUUAAGGAGUGCCUUGAAACCCUGGCAAUACCUGGGCGUAAAGCAAAGCUGUAAAUAAGAAAGAAAAAUUUCUCUUUUGAUCCUUAGCCGUCUGGUAGAAUUAGGAUCUUGGGUGUGAAGUAAAAUCCGGAGGAAUGUCAUCCAGCUGAUUAUAUGCCAGUCACUUAAUUGCUCAGUGCUUGUGGCCAUCUUAGGAAAGCAUAAAGUGCUAAGACUGAAGA